AUGCCAUACAAAAUAGCUCCCGUCGAUCCAUUAUGGCAAUGCUUGUUCCCUGCGUGGUCGCAAAGCACCUUGACACCAGCAGCUCAAUUUUUGCGGCGGCCAAAGCGACCAAUCUUUCAAUGCCUGAGCACGCCCCGACCAUCACCUCAGAGUGUGCGCCGAUACGAUAGACCCACCAAUCUCUCGCGUCUCGACGCAGCGAGCAGACAUCACGAUGCAGUACUCCAACCAAUGCGGCGUACGAAGCCAGUGUCGUACAACAAGAUUGUUCCACCAAUUGCGCGACCAUCGGAAGAUGCGUUGCCCAACCUCGUAAACGAGCCGACCAGCUUUCUUUAUGGACGACUGCGAGCUUUUGCGGUGGAUGGUAAGACGACACGAUGUCGGCAGCUCGCCGAGUAUUUGGUCAAAGAGCGGCGCGAACGGCCGAGUACGCAGAUCUACAAUGCAAUGAUUCUGAGCAACACAAGCCACGAUCAGGGCAGUGCAUGGCGGGUGAGUAUGCUGCUGGAUGAGAUGAAUGAGGGAGGCUUGCAGCCGGACUCUGGAACCUGUCACGCUGUGUUGAGAGUGCUAGCGGUGCAUGUUGAUCACUUGCUGAGAACGGACAUCCUGGACUACAUGCAGAAGAGGUGGUAUCAGCUGUCGGAGGAGGGGCAACAUGAUGUGGUGGUCGGAUUGCUGAGGGAAGGGCUGUUUGAGCAGGCAUUGCAGCGGCUGGACAAUAUGAGAUCGAAUGUCAGGGUGGACGCCUGGCUUUGGGACAUGGCCGUCUACGUUCUAUGCGAUGCAGGAGAGGUGGAAGAGGCAUAUCGCAUCAUGCGGGUGCGGCACGACUCAAGCGAGAUGAACUUGAGCAAAAGCCUAUGGUCUCAUCUGCUGGACAAGGGCAGCGAGGCGCGACAUCACGACGCGACAGCUCUGGUUUGGAACAGCCAGGUGAACCAAGGAUACAUUACCGCAUCAUCUGGUGUUUGUCUUCACGUACUCGCUACGGCGGCACAAGCAGGCGAUGCAGUCAUGGCUACGGAGGUGUUUGCGCAACUCAGCGAGCGAGGCACUGCGUUUCGGCCCAUCCACUACGAGCUGCUGAUCUCGACUUACCUUUCCGCCAGCCCGCCGGACUUGAGCCGUGCCAUCAGCAUCCUCACAAUCAUGCCCUUGGAGAAGACGGAGCCAAGUAUUGCAGAGACACGGCCACUAUUCUUGUACCUCCGUGACAAACCAGCGCUUGUGAAGGAAGCAUUCGCCACACUGCGGGAACUACAUGCGCAGGAUCGCAAGAUUCCUAUCGCUGCGCUGAACCUCCUCAUAGAAUGCUAUGUUGAGCAGCGGAACCUCCCAGAGGCGAUGAAAAUCUACAAGCUGAUUCACACGUUUGUGCCCAUUAGCCAAGGGGCACAGAAGUCCUUUGCCAACAUCGAAACUUUCAACCUCCUUCUCAAGGGCUGCAGAACUGCGGAACCACCAGACGAGCAACAGGCCUCUUUCCUUGUCUCGGAGCUUCUAGCUUUGCGGGUUGUGCCGACAGCUCUCACGUACGAUCGACUCAUCUUGGUCUUCGUCAGCGCAGGAAAGGCCGCUCUACAGAAAGCUGCAAGCAUCCAAGACACAGCUGCAGCAGAGACUGAACGAUCAAAGGGCAAGGAACUCCUCGACUGGGCGUUCCGCCAUCUGGCGGAUAUGCAACCCCUCGGCUGGAUGCCACGAUUUGGCACACUGGAGCAACUGGCUAUGAAUUUGGCAAGAGCAAGCGAUGAGCGUUGUUGGGAUGUGUUCCAGACUUCUGAGGAUCAUGGGAAAGACAUCGAGGGCUUUGCAGAGAAGGGCAGGUAUAUGAGGAAGAAUGUCGAGGAGGCGUGGAAUGCAGCUAUGGAUGCAAAGCAGGACGUUCAGAUCGAUGUCGGAGGAUAUGGAGGUAUGGCGGCGGCUGCCUGA